GUUGUUCCUGAAGGGCCUUUCUCUUCAAGAGGCAUCACUCAGGAGACCUCUGAGAACUGAGACUUAAAACCCCGCAGGUCACGGGUCAGGGAAGUUUUAGGCAAAAUUCAGAGAGGUGCUCCCCUCCCCCAGCCGCAGUUUCCACCCUGGCGCAGGGACCGACGGGACUGGGCCACGGCCCAACCGCCUCAGGGGAAGACGAGGCCCGGAAGCCUCAGGCCGGUAGCGGCUGGGACAGGGCUCCCGGGAGCCCCCAGGCCUGGGCCAGCCGUCGCCGCGAGCCGCGAGCUCCAGCAAGAGCGUCCUGCCGACUCCUCCUCCGCCCUGGGAAGGCGGGGCCUCCGCCCUUCCCGCGUGCGGGUCUCGCCGCCCCCCAGCCUCCUCGUAGGCCUUGCGCCAUUUCUGCUUCCAUCGGCCGAACGGGGGCGCGGAGCCGGUCCCGGGGCGGGAUGCGGCCGCCCCUGGGGCGGUGGUGGCUGCUAAUCUGGCUGCAGCCCUUGUCCGCACAGCCUGCUGGCGCGGUGCGCGGAGAGGAGGCGGCGGCGGCGGCGCUGUCAGUUCCAAGGUGUAAAGCUCUGAAGGAAAAAGAUUUAAUUAAAACUUCUCAGUCAGACUGUUACUGCUACAAUCGAAAUUCCCAAAUGGAGUGGAAAUACGUGUGGUCAACUCUGCAGGUGAAAAUUACCAGUUCAGGCCUGCUCAAUAUUGCAUAUAUCACAGGAAGACAUAAUUGUCAGUAUCCAGAAACCAUUCUUUCUUUUAUCAAAUGUGUGAUUCAUAAUUUUUGGACACCAAAGGAGUCAAAUGAAAUAACCGUAAUCAUCAAUCCAUAUGGAGAGACCAUGUGCUUCUCUGUGAAGCCUGUCAGGAACAUAUUUAUCUAUACAAUUAGUGUGAAUCGAAACAUUGUGGAUUUCAAACUCUUCCUUGUGUUUGCAGCAGGUGUUUUCCUCUUUUUUUACGCAAAGACCUUGAGUCAAAGUCCUGUUUUCUUUUACUCUUCUGGGACCGUGCUAGGUGUUCUAAUGACAUUAGUCUUUGUCCUGCUUCUGGUGAAAAGAUUUAUUCCUAAGUAUAGCACCUUUUGGGCUCUAAUGGUUGGUUGUUGGUUUGCUUCAGUUUAUGUUGUGUGCCAAUUGAUGGAGGAUCUGAAGUGGCUAUGGCAUGAAAACAGAAUAUAUAUAUUAGGCUAUGUCUCAGUAGUUGGAUCUCUCAGCUUUGCUGUUUGCUACAAGCAUGGUCCCCUUGUUGAUGAAAGAAGCGUGACUCUUCUAACGUGGACACUGCGGCUCCUCGCCCUGGUUCUGAUCUACUGUGGGGUCACAGUGCCCCAGGGCUCCUAUGCAGCUCUGAUCCUCAUCCUGGCCUCCAGGAGUCUAUGCUACCCACUGAAGGCAUUCACUUAUAUGAGGUGGAAAAUGAAGAAAUGGUGGACCUCCGAGAAGCCUGUGGUGAAGUAUCUCACUGAAGAUGAAUACCGGGAACAGGCCGAAAUGGAGACGAGUAGCGCCCUGGAGGAGCUGCGUGGAGUCUGCCGCAGGCCCAACUUCCCCACGUGGCUGGUUGUCUCCAGACUGCAGGCUCCGAACAAAUUUGCAGACUUUGUUCUUGGAGGAAGCCACUUGUCACCUGAAGAAAUUAGUCUGCAUGAAGAACAAUAUGGUUUUGGGGGUGCCUUCUUGGAAGAACAGCUUUUUAACUUGAGGACUGCCUGAUGACCACCUGUGCAUUGACUUCAUUCUAGACAAGAAGUGGGUUAAGGGCAAGGAUCCUAUUAACAUUGGGCAGAACUAUCCUAGGAAACAGUGGAAAAAACAUUUGCUUAUGGAGAAGAGUCAUACUGGAAAGGAAAACUAAACACUGUUGAAGAUAACUUCUCAUUUUUGGUGACUUCUGCACUUAUUGGAGUCAUCAAGAUUCUACGAAGAGUCAUUACCACUUUCCUUGAAUAAAGACUUUCAUUAGGAACAAGAGAAUCAUGUUGAUCUUCAAGGAGCAAGUUAACAUGAACAUUUGCCUUGUCAACACCAGGGUAUUAAAUCUUCCCUGAACCCUCAGAACCUGUGUCUGAAGACUGCAUUGCUCUUCCUACAUGUUAUCAAUAUAAGUGCUGGAAGAGACCUGAGUGAGAUAUGCUGGACCAGUGUUUUCCAGAGUAUAAUCCACAGGGUGCUAAUAAGUGCUAGUCAGCAAAGGGAUUCUGAGGUCAACUAAGAUAGAAACAAAGUUAAACAAAAGUACUGCUGGACUUCUCAGAGCCUUUAAUACUGCCAGUGCACAUUGAAUCUCCUAGGGAGAAAUUGUGUGCAGCCAUUUCUGACUUAAUUUGGCCACAGAACCCUUUUUCAUGAGAUUUAUAUUCCUUGGAGUAGUUUGGAAAAUGUUAAUGAUGGCAGAAUUGAGGUUUGGGGAGGUUCAAUAACUCAUCCCAAACUACAAAGCUGUUUAGAUCCCAAACUACAAAGCUGUUUAGAGGCAGCACUGGGACUAGACCUCAGCCCUAAUGUUUCCGACAACUCAGGGUUAAGAAGACACCUUCAAAGGUGAGCCUAGGGGCCAUCUCCCUACAGCCUUAGAUCACAUAAUAUUGAUUUUUUAAAAUUUUUUAAUAAUGGACAACUAUCUAUUUGAUAACUAUGAUAAACAUUUCCUAAGAUUAUAUUUUAAAGCUUGAUAAGAUUUUUAUAGACAUAUACAUUUUAGAAGAAUUAUUUUUUAUAAUUUUUUGUAUAUUGAAAUUGAAGAAAUUUAACAUCUUGUGACAUUUUGAGUUGACUGGUCCAUUUUUAAAAAUUUAGUUAUAUAUGUUUGUAACAGUUUCCUACAAGAGAGAUUUGUGAUCUGUCUUCAGAGAACAAAUAUUUUUUCUUGAUUCUCCAGAGUGAAAUGACCCUAAGCUUUGAUCCUGGGGAAGGAAGGCCAAAACAUAAGAGGUGAGAAAAGAUGUGAACAUGGCAAAACAAUCUCCGGGUUAAGAUGUGCUAAAUUGAUUCACUUUAAGAAGUUUUUGCUGUGAUGGGUCCUUAAAGAGGCAUACAGAAUGAGGAAUCUCUUUUUAAUAGAAGAGAUACGGAUAUGGAGGAGGGACAUAUGGAAAAUUUAGGAGCUGCUUUCCUGAGCCAAGUUCAGUAGAACGUUUCUAAAUUGUCAAAACGAGAACAUGGUUACCCAUUUGAAACUUUCUAAGUUGAUUUUCAAAUAAUAUUUCCUCUUUGAAGCAGUGUGUCAGUAUUUUACAAGUUCCUCCUUUUGCAAGAUACCUUUCAAUAUUAAGAGCUUUGCAGUUUUUGUGAAAUGCACUAAAUUCAAUCUGUGCUUUCACAUAGAUUGAUUUCAAAUAUCAAAGAAUCUUCCAUUCAAAUUUAUGAUGAUUAUUAUGAUGACUGUUUUAUAAGUGAAAACAGUUCUGACGUUUUCGUUGUAGUUUUAUCUGAAUUUUUUAUAAUUAAAUUUAUUGCUGGUAUGUUAUAAAUGUAUCAGAUGUAUCCAUGCUGUGCUCACCAUGUUCACCUCCCAAGAGGCAGUCUGUGACAGAAUGUGUGUCUGAAUAACACGUGAACAGGCAGCUGCAGUCCCCAUGGGCCAUCCCAGCCAAGACAGCCACUGGGCCUUACCUAUGCCGCUUUGAAGAGGGGCUGGCCGCUGCAGAAGGAAGCCCUAGUGGCUCAAGCUGGGUGUGACCAUCACAAUAAAAACAGCUAGCGAAAGAAAACAAGAGACUUCCAAGAUGCUGUUUUUUGGUGUUUAUUUUAGAAGAAAUCAUGGAUUUAUCCGUUUCUGUUAUGUGAGUACUAUGAAAAGUGA